GAGUUUUUGCCAGUGAAUUAGCGCAGUUUUAUAAAUUAUUGUGACGCUGAAUUAAUUAUUUUUAAACUAUUGGAAUCAGUGAUAAUCAUUGGAUAAUUUUUUUUCUUAUAUAUUUUUUUUUUUAAGUUUAAAAUUAAACAAACAUAAAAAUAAAUUACGGUAAAAUUCUAAUGUUAUGAAUUUAAUUGUACGUUGAAAGCCAACGCGAGUGUUUUAAUAAAAACCCUUUAUUAUUUUGAUUCCAACAAAAACUAUAACUAAUGACUAGUGUCUUCCAUUAAUAAUGAUUUUUUAUUAUAACAAUUAUUAUGGUGGUUUUAUAUUUAUUUUACUAAAUAAAAAUCCAUAACCCAUCAACUGAUCAAAUUAUUUGUGUAAUAAUGGUGAAUUUUUCCUAUCAAAAUACUAUCCAAUUUUAAUUGAAGUACAAAAAUGGCGUCCUCAGAAAUCGAUGAUUUUUUAACAGGACCUCUCGUCACUUGGUUCACCAGUUGCCUAGAAGAUCCUGAAGCUUUAUCUAAUUACAAUGACUUAGUUGAUGGAAUGCUUCUUCACAAUGUCUUUCUUCAAAUUGAUCCUGAACCUCUACAUGAUGGAGUGAUACCUAGCUGUAAUAAUAUUACUAUUCGAACGAAAAAUUUAGAAAUGAUUAUUGGAAAUAUAAAACAAUUUUAUGAAGAAGAGCUGGGUCAUUUAGUAAUCAAACUUCCAAAUACAACGAAUUUAGGAAAAAAUCCUGAAUUACAUGUUCAAGAUAUGAAUUUAUUACUUAUGUUAUUGUUGGGGUGUGCUGUUCAGUGUCCAAAUAAGAAAAAUUUUAUAACAAAAAUCAAAAUGUUGAAUGUUGAUACACAAUUAGCCAUUGUAGAUUGUAUCAAACAAGUAACAGAUUGUCAUGAUAUCGUUAUAACUCAAGAUUCAAUGGAUAAUUCUAAUCUACCAAAUCUAUUUAAACAGAUAAAAUUAUUGUUACAUGAGCGAGACUUUUAUUUUGAAAAGUGGAAAGUAUUAUCAACUAAUGAGAUGACUGAGCCUAAUAAUGCAACAUCAAAGGAUACUGAUAAUGGUAAAAUUCAGCAACCAAAUUCUAUUAUUAAAUCUGAUAGGGAAGAAAAUCAUCAUUAUGCUGUUGAAUUGGCUGAUUGGAAAUCAAAAGUAAGGAAACAAAGACAAGAAUUGGAAGAAAAAACGGAAGCUUUGUUAGAAUGUAAAGAAGAAUUGGAGCACAGUAAGGCAUCAAUAGCUAAGUUAAAGCAAGAAAAUCAAGAAUUAAUGCAUGAAGCUCGAACAGCUAAAUCUUAUAGAGAUGAAUUAGAUGCGGUGAUGGAAAGAGCAGAAAGAGCUGAUAGAUUAGAAAUGGAAGUUGCACGUUAUAGAGAAAAAUUGACAGAUAUUGAAUUUUAUAAGACACGUAUUGAAGAGUUAAGAGAAGAUAAUCGAGUAUUAAUGGAAAAUAGAGAAAUGCUUGAAGAGCAAUUGAGUCUGUCAAGAAGACGAGCUGAUAAAGUUCUUGAACUGGAAGCUGAAAUUAUAGAAUAUAAACAACUUCUUAAUGAUAUUGCACUUGAAAGAGCAGCAGAAAAAGAAAAAUUUCAAGAAUUAUCUGAAGAAAAUUUUCAAUUACAUAAAUUAAAAAAAGCUGCUAAUGAUGAGGCAAUAAGAGCUGCUAAUUCUAUUGGUGAAUCAGAAGAAUCAGUGACAAGUGAUAAUAGGUUAUCAGAACAGUUAACUAAUAAUGCACAAACCAGAGCAUUAAAAUUAGAAUUAGAAAAUCGUCGUUUAAUGGCUUUAGUUGAUUCUUUAAAAGAAAAUUCAUUUCAUGAAUCAUCUUCACGCUUAUUAGAACUUGAAAAGGACAAAAAAAAGUUAUCUUUAAAAAUUGAAUCAUUGACUGACACUAAUGAGAGACUUAUUCAACAAAACACAGACUUGGAAUCAGUUUGCAAACAAGCUUUAGAAGAAAACAAAAAACUUCAAAAUACUUUGAAAAAUCAAAGAACUUCUUUUGAACGACAACAACAAGACUAUCAAGCACAACAUACAAAAAUUAUAGAGAUGGAAAAUAAUUAUGAAACAAUUGUCAAAGAGAAGCAACGUUUACAAUCUCUAUUGGAAAGUGUUCAAAGACGAGCAGAUGAAUUAGAUCACUCUCUUGAAAUAUCAAAUAAAAAAAUAGAAGAGCUUAAAGUAAUGGAAGAAAAAGUUAAAACUGCUGAAACAAAGUGCAUUGAUUUAGAAACAAAAAUAAUGACUCUCGAAAAAGAUAAAGAGACAGCUAUUCGCGAUAUUCAUAAAUAUCGUGAAGCUUUAGAGGAAAAAGAUGUUGCUCUUGAUGAAUCGAUGAAUAAAAUUGAAAAUUUAGAAAAAAAAAUUUCCGAACUAGAUAGACAAAUUAAUUAUUCAGUGUCGCAAAUAUCACGUCUUCAGGAAAUUGAAAGAUCAAGUAAAGAAUUAGAUUCAAGAGCUGCUAUUGAUAAAGAAACAUUAGAAACAUUACAAUCAAAUUUAAUAGCUGAAAAAAUGAAUACACAACAGUUACAAGCAGCUUUAGAAAAACUUGGAUUAACUGUUGAUUGCUUACUUACACUUUCACCAGAAAAUAUUACUGAAAAACUCGUAAAUCUUCCUAAUAUUGCUCAACAUAUUAAUAAAUUAAUUACGAAUAUUGAAAAUUCUAAAAAUAAUCAAGAUAUUUCACAAUUAAAAGAAAAAGAUUCAACUGAUAAUUUACCAACAAGAAAACAAUUACAAGAAACAGUAGAAACUUUAAAAAAAGAAAUGGAAAAUUUGCAAAGUAAGUUGAACACUAGUGAAUCGACUGCUGAAAAUCUUCUAGAAGAGCAAGCGAAACUUCAAGUAUCCGUUACGACUCUUCAGUCGAAAAUUACAUCUUUAAAUGCUCAGUAUACUGCCUUACAACUGGCAAACUCUCAACUUGUUGCUGAAAAAGAAGAACUAUUAAGAGAUCGUGAAAUUCAAAAAUGUACUCAUCAACAAUUAAUUCAGGAUCAAGUAACUUUACAAUCUCUGCAUGAACAACUGAAUAAUGAAUAUGAAAAUCUCCUUCAAGAACGUGAAACAUUAAAAACUAACUUGAGAGAUACGAAAAAUAAUUUAAGAACUCUAAAAGAAAAUAGUGAGCAAAUCGAAGGAAAAAAUAAAAUUCUUAUAGCAGAGCAAGAAGUUUCAUCGAAUAAUAUUAAAAGUUUGAAUAAUUUAAGAGGAGAACAUUCUAAAUUGAAAGAUGAUUUUCGUAAUUUAUAUACUGCGACAGAAAAAUUAAAAGCUGAGUAUAGAAAUUUACAAGAAGAUUAUAAAAAAAAUAAAGUUGAAACCAACCGAUUAAGUCUUAAGUUAACUGAAUUACAAGGUGAAUUAAGUCUUAAAGAUGAAUGUUGUUCUAAUUUAGAGCUUCAAAACAGUAAACUAAAUCAACGUUGUGAAAUGUUGAUGCAAAUGAAUUCUGGAUUAGAUAAUAAUAGACGCUCAUUGAUGGAUCAUGUAAGUGUACUUUUAAAUAAGUAUCAAGAUCUUUUAUCACAUUCUUUAGAAGAUAAAGAACACUAUCAUAUGGAAGAAAAAAUUUAUCGUGAUCAAGUAAAUCAUUUGUCACGUCAGAAAGAAAAACUUGAAGAAAAAAUAAUGGAAUACUAUAGAAAUAAACAAAGUUGUUCAACAAACAAAAAAAAACGAUUUGGAGCCAAUUUAGUUAAAAAAGUUCGUAAAGCAGGAUCCGAACUCUUGAAUAUAAAUAGACAAUCGUGGACUGAAGAUUCUAAGCCAUCAGAUUCUAAAAUUUAUGAAUCUGAAUCUGGAGGAAAUGAUUCUGAUAUUAGUAUAGAUGAAAGUCAAGAUCAAUCCAGAUUAGAAAAUGAACCUUUAUCCCUAGGACAUCCAGGAACAAGAAGAACCGUUUACUAUACUGAUGAUUUUCCAUCAACAACAUCGUCUUUACCGCAAGAUCAAAAGAUUGCCGAUUCCUUGCCUCAAACAUCCGCUGAUGAUAGUCAAUCAAGUCAUCAAGAUCAGCCAAGAAAUGAAGUUAAAAGUGAAGCUAGACCUUUUUUAAUAUAUAAUAAAGUUUCCGCUGUUAUAAAUGAUACAAAAACUACCAAUACUCCAGUUCAAGAGACAACGCACAAUAAUGACAUUGGUGAGUCGCUUCCGACAAAAGAUUCUAAAGUUGGUAAUUCCAUAUGGUAUGAAUACGGAUGCGUAUAAAGCUUUUCAGUAUGUAGUAGAUUAACUAAGUAUUUAAUUAUUUAGUUAUAAUUAAUUAAAAGAUAACAAAACAGCUACUGGUUAACUUCAUUAAUAAUACCAAUUAAUUAUAUUCAAGUUUCGAAGAGAAAAAUGCUUGUACGCAUCUUAUUAAUGAAUCCUUCCGUAUCAUUAAUAAUUUUUAUUUUGUUUAUUCAUGAUAUACAAUGUGAAAAUUGUAUUAUUUUAUAACGUUUAUAAUAAUUUUUUAAGUACGUAAUU